AUGGAUUCAAUCGAUUCGGGAGGAACGAAUCCAGCAGUCAUCGACAUAGAAGUUGUUUAUAAAUGCACUUCAUGCUCCGCUGUCUAUUACAAUGAAUCAGCGUUCAGAAAUCAUUACAGUGAGAAACACAGUAAGAAAAGCGUCUGCCUAGAGUGUGAUGUACGCAUUUGGCCGGAAACAGCGAAGGGCCAUUUGAUUAAAAAACACAACAAAGCCAAGGUUGAGACGUGUAACUGUUGUGCUUCUACGUUCGCCAGUCACCAAGAUCUUUCCUCUCACCAGAAGUCAAUCAAGAAGAAUGGAUGGAAUAUGGAAGUGGUUCCUCUGAUUGUCAGCCAAUUCACCAAAAGAGCAAACAUCACAAAAAUAAAGCCACAACUUUACAUUCGCGUCGAAAGAGAGCUUCCGCCAAAACUGAUUCUUCCGAUGGAUGACAACAAGAUAGCUCCUCUACAAAUUGCUAUCCCAACAGAGAAACAUAAUCCAUUGGGAUUUUCUGAUCUACUGAUUCCUACUGUAACCCUCCACAAGCCUGUACCCAGAAAACCGACUGUCAUAAACAACCACUACAAUCCUCUUUUGGCUGCUCUUCUUGCACAAACUGCUGGCAUUCCAAUUUUCCCGCCCUCAACGGCGCUAUUUCCGAGAACAACACCUCCAAUUUGGAACAACUCGAACAUUCCGAUUCAUGCGAACAAGAACGACAACGUCAUCCAACCCACCCUCGGUCGUUCGGCGUUUUCUCCAGUUCCAUCCCGUCUCAUUCCCCAGGGACAUCCAGGAAUGAUGUUUCCAUUUCUCUCUUCUUUCGGGCCAGGUGUCUUGCCGCCUUUCCCAACUCCAUUACCUCCCUUCAUGCUUCCUCAAACUCCAGUCAUGCAUCACGUGCUCCCGAGUCAGAUGAACUGCAAUAACGAGGAUAUGGAUAUCUGUCUCCUCUGCGAGAAGUACCUGCUGUUUGGAGAAACUGCGGAAAGACAUCUCAUACUAUAUCACAAAGCUGUCGCACCGGCCAGAUGCCCAUGUUGCUCUUGGACUUUCCGCCAUGGGGAUUAUGCGAUCAAUCAUAAUAGAAUGAUGUUGAAAAAAAAUGGAUACAACUUUACUCCACUCGUAAUCAACAAAUACCCACCCGGACAUUUCGUGAGAAACAAGAAACAUUUUCCUCAAGAUUUCAUGAAAUUUCUGACCGAAUUGCAAGACAAUGCGAAAACUAAAGUUUCGAGAGAAAGAGACCUUCAACAUCAAAUGGAUUCAAUCGAUUCGGGUGGAACCAAUCCCGCAGUCGACAUAGAAGCUUAUUAUACAGCCAUGAUGAAUUCUAUAAACGACCGCACUAUUGCGAUGGACAAGACCAUAGAUGCUAUUUUGGCUAUUCUUCUUAAUAACCCAAAUAUUCUCAAUCCAGUUCUCCCAACUGUCACUCCAACGCCAUCUAUUCCGAGAAUGACGGAUCAGUUUUCAAACAACCCAAAUGUCGAUACAAACAACCAGAUGUUUGGGGGAUCACUGCUGCUUUCCCUUCUCCUUAAUCAAACGAAUGCUCCAGUACAACCUAAUCAGACACUGCAGACACCAUCUCCACCAAUUACUGUUCCAUUCUCCCAACAAAUCGGAUCAGAGCUCACUGCAUCUCUCCCAUCUUCGUCUGCCCCCGUUUUUCUAUCUCCAAAUCUAAAAACUCCGAUCCUGCGUGUGGUACGAAACUCAGCAAGUGCAAAAAAGAACACGAAAGAACGCGCACGAAACAUUUCGAAAACCCUAAAGCUAAAUGAGAAGAGCAACAAAAAUAAGAAUGAGGAGAUCUGUCUUAUCUGCGAGAAAUACAUCCCUUUCGAAGAGACUGGAGAAAGUCAUAUGAUGAUACAUCACACUAUUUUCAACCAACCAACCAAAUGCGGAUGCUGCUUUUGGGUUUUCCGGGAUUUGUCUACCGUAGAAAGUCAUUGUAAACAGUUGACGAAUCGUAAUGGAAACACAGAAAUCCCCCUGAUCAUCAAUAACUGUCCUCCUGGAAAUCAAUUGACACCCAUGGACAGUGUCAACCAAGAAUACAAGGAAUUUCUUACCGCAAUACAAAUUGGAAUAAUACAUAACGUUAAGGGGAGUUAUGAGUGA